UUGAAACUAGUUUGUCCGGUAAAUUGUCCCGCUAAUCAAUGGCAUAACCGCUGAGGAUUGCAAUCUCGUGAAAAUAAACAUUUAUUUCCGACAACAAUAGAACAUUUAUAAAGUAUUGAUUUCACCCAAUUGUUUUUCGUACAUAUUCGUCACAUUCCACAUCACUUCUUGUAAAUAACCGUUGGUUGUCGUCUCAUCAGAAUACUCAUAAUAAGCAAUGGAAGACGAUCUGCCUUACCGAGCUGAAUAUGCCAAGAGCGCUAGGGCUUCCUGCAAAGGGUGCAAGUCCAACAUUGGCAAAGAUACGCUGCGCCUUGCUGUUUUGGUUCAAUCGCCAGCUUUUGAUGGAAAAAUUACGCAGUGGUAUCAUUAUACAUGUUUCUUUGGCAAGCAAAGGCCAAAAACAGUUGAUGACAUUCAACAUUUUGAAUCUCUCAGAUGGGAUGACCAGGAGAAAAUCAGAGAGAAAAUAAAAACCUUGGGUGCUAUCGUUGUUCCGGAGGGUAAAGGGAAAGGCAAGAAACGUGCGAGCGCAGCGUCAGGUGCUCUACAAGACUUUCGAAUCGAAAUGGCAAAGUCCGGUCGAGCUGGUUGCCGCGGUUGUGAACAAAAGAUAUUAAAAGAUGAAGUACGCAUCGCCAAGAAGGACUUUACUACUGAAGUUGGUCGCAAAUACGGCGGGCAAGAUAUGUGGCAUCACUUGAAUUGCUUCGCAAAGCUUCGAUCAGAGCUGGGCUUUUUCGUUAGCGGCGAUAGCUUACCAGGCUACAACAGUCUGGGUAAAGCCGACAAGGAUGCUGUUAAGAAGCAAUUACCGGCUAUCAAACAAGAAGAAGAACCUGAUACCAAGAAGAUGAAGAAAGAGGAAGAGGAACCCGACGUCGACGCUGACAAAAUUAAAGCACAAUCUAAACUCAUUUUUAAAUAUCGUGACCUGUUGAAAGCGAAAGUUUCGAAGAAAGAUUUGAUUUACUUGCUGGAAGCGAAUGAGCAAGAAAUUCCUCAGGGAGAAGAGCGGAUGUUGGAUCGUUUGUCUGACUUGAUGGCAUUUGGUCGUCUGUUACCGUGCACAGUGUGCAAAGAUGGCCAAUUAGUGUUCAACAAAUUCGGCUAUGAAUGCAAGGGUGAUUUAACUGAAUGGACAAAAUGCGCAGAAGUCUUCAAAGAACCUGCACGCUCGAAAUUUGUGGUUCCAAAAGAAUUAGCCGAGGAACACAGCUUUUUAAAGAAAUACAAAUGUGUCGUUGGCAAUCGAAUCAUCAAGGAUGUUAAACCGACUGUGGUUCCUAAGAAAGAAGAAGAUGAAGUUGAUUCCAAACCGAAAGUGGAACGUGAACGUCCACCACUCUACAAUAUGGAAUUUGUAUUGUUUAACGUCAGUGAUAAAGAGAAAUUAAAGAAAGAUAUUGUCAAACUUGGAGGAAAGGUAACAACUAAAAUCGAUGAAAACGUCAUGGCCAUGAUUUCCAAUGAAGAAGAAGUGGAAAAGAUGGGAGCUAGAAUUACAGCCGCAAAAGAUGCCAAAGUACAUGUUGUCGGAGAGAAAUUUGUUAAAGAUGCCAAGGGUAAAAAGUACGAAGAUAUCUUCAAACUUGUCGAAGACAAAUCUAUUUGUGAUUGGGGAUCGGAUCCUGCCAAACGUGUUCCUCAAGAAACCAGUAGUCACAAAUCCAAGUCAAAGAGCAUUUAUACCAAGUCCGUACCAAAAUCGGUAACUAUGAAACUCAAAGGUGGCACUGCCGUUGAUCCUGAUUCCGGCUUGGAGGACCAUGCACACGUUUACGUCCGUGGCGAGGAUAAAUAUACGGCUGUGUUGGGUCUCACAGACAUACAAAAACAGAAAAACAGCUUCUAUAAAUUACAACUUUUGCAAUCGGACAAAGGCAACAACUUUUGGCUAUUCAGGGCCUGGGGUCGUAUCGGAACUACCAUCGGUGGUAACAAGUUGGAGCAAAAGUCCGACUUGAUGGAAGCCGUGAAUGAAUUCGAAGCGCUCUACGAAGAGAAAACAGGAAAUCAAUGGGAGAUGCGUCACAUGUUCCAGAAAGUGCCCGGUCGCCUGUAUCCCAUCGAUGUGGACUACACGGAUGAAACCGACAAUCUCAAGAUUGAUUGUGAUGUACCAUCAUUGCUGCCUUCGCCUGUGCAGAAUCUCAUGAAGCUCAUCUUUAACAUUGACGACAUGAAAAGGGUCAUGUUGGAAUUUGAGCUGGAUACCGAAAAAAUGCCCCUUGGAAAGUUAAGCAAAUCACAGAUUACAAAGGCCUAUAAAGUGCUCACUGAAUUGCAAACGAUGAUCGCUGAUACAAACACGAAUGAGCGUAUGUUCAUCGACGCUUCAAAUCGCUUCUACACUUACGUCCCGCAUUCCGCCGGCGUGGAAUCCCUACCGAUUAUAAAAAGUGAAGAUCAAAUUAAACAGAAGAUCGACAUGAUUGACAAUCUGAUGGAGCUUGAAAUUGCCUACAAUCUAAUGAAAUCCUCUUCGUCGGGCAGCGUUGACUCGCACUAUGAGCAACUUAAGGCUGAAAUCGGUGUUUUGGAGCGCGACUCUACUGAAUUCUCUAUUAUCGAGGAGUAUGUGAAGAACACCCAUGCACCUACACACGACGCCUACAAGCUGGUAAUCACUGAAGUGUUCACUGUUAAGCGACAGGGUGAAGAAAAACGCUUCAAGCCAUUCAAGAAAAUGCACAACCGUCAGCUAUUGUGGCACGGUUCCCGUGUCACUAACUUUGCCGGUAUCAUCUCGCAGGGUUUGCGCAUCGCCCCACCGGAGGCGCCCGUCACAGGCUACAUGUUCGGUAAAGGUAUUUACUUCGCUGAUAUGGUCACCAAAUCAGCGAACUAUUGUAACACCACCCCGAAGAACAACACCGGCUUGUUGCUGUUGUGUGAUGUGGCACUCGGAGAGAUGAUGGAAUUGAAGGAUGCCAAAAAUGUAACCAAGUUACCAUCGGGAAAGCAUAGUUGCAAAGGUUUAGGUAUGACCUGCCCAGACCCUAAGAUAAGCAAGAAGAUUGGUGAUGUCGAUGUUCCACUUGGCAAGCCGGUUAAGAACAAGACUAAGUCGUCGUUGUUGUAUAACGAGUUCAUUGUAUACGACGUAGCACAAGUCAACAUUCGUUAUUUGGUACAGACCGAAUUCAAGUACAAGUACUAAUUUGUAUCCGUAUCAACAUGCGCGUGAUUUAUUCUAUUACCAGAUUCAUUGUUUUCGGCAGGUAUGAAUUACAUAUUCUCCUAAUGGUAUAACAUAUAUUCUAUAUUUUUGUAACGUUUCACUACUCUUAAAUUAAAAACGUUUUUGCAAAUUA